UAGUUCUUGCAGCUGGCAAAUCAAAGCGUGCAAGUGCACUGGUAGCGACAGUGGAGCGUGCGACCGAGAUAUUCAUCGAACGAGGUCAGCAGAUUGCGUAUGAAAAUCCAGAGAUAACACAGGAAAUGCUCACUGCCGUUGAAGAUGUUAGGAAGGCCGGCGCCGCGAUGUCGCUGGCGGCGCGCGAGUUCUCGGAGGAGCCGUGCGCGUCGGCCGUGCGCUCGGGCAUGGUGCGCGCCGCGCGCAGCCUGCUGUCGGCCGUCACGCGGCUGCUCAUCCUGGCCGACAUGGUGGACGUGCAGCUGCUGCUCUCCAAGCUGCGCACCGUGGAAACCGAUCUGGACAAGCUGAAGUCGGCCUCGUCGCAGUCCGAACUGCUGGAAUCCGCCAAGCAGUUCGGCAGGUCGGCCAACGAGCUGGCUGCGCAAGCGGCCAAGCGGCAGCACGAGCUCAAGGAGCCGCGGAUGAAGGACGAGCUGGCUGCGGCCAGGGCCGUGCUCAAGAAGCACAGCACCAUGCUACUCACAGCCUCUAAGGUGUACGUGCGCCACCCGGAGCUGGCGGCGGCCAAGGCCAACCGCGACUUCGUGCUGAGGGCCGUGUGUUCGGCUGUGGACACCAUCUCCGCUGUCGCGCAGGGACGCACUCUGCCUACCAACGGAUCUAACCGAGCUCCAGUAGAAGGCCCCGGGGAACUGGCUCAAGCUCUUGAUGAUUUUGAUGAGCGUAUGGUGAUGGAGCCUCUGGCGUAUUCCGAGCUGCGAACAAGACCUUCACUUGAGGAGAGGCUGGAGUCCAUCAUCUCCGGAGCUGCUCUCAUGGCUGACAGCUCUUGCACCAGGGACGAGCGUCGCGAGCGCAUAGUGGCGGAGUGCAACGCCGUGCGACAAGCGCUGCAAGACCUGUUGCACCACUACAUGGCCAAUGCCGGGAAGCCAGAACAAUCCGAAGGCCUUGAACGCGCCAUUGAGAACAUGUGUCGCAAGACCAGGGACUUGCGUCGCCAGCUGCGCAAAGCCGUCGUUGAUCACGUGUCUGACAGUUUCUUGGAGACCAACGUACCUCUGCUGGUACUGAUGGAAGCAGCACGCAACGGCAAUGAGAAAGAAGUAGAAGAAUAUGCGCUGGUCUUCACAGAGCAUGCUAAUAAGCUGGUUGAGGUGGCGAACCUCGUCUGCUCGAUGUCCAACAACGAGGAUGGCGUCAAGAUGAUUAGCUGUGAAGAUAAAGCUUUUUCCUCGGACAAGGUAUACAGGAACUUAAUUCGCGUGGAGUGCAAUAUCUUCAUAAAAAAGAUACGUGACUAG